GAUCACUUCCGCCGCCGGGCCAGGCCCCGCCCCUCUCGCCCGGCAUCGCGGAGCGGUGGAGUCAAGAUGGAGGAGUACGCGCGCGAGCCUUGCCCCUGGCGCGUUGUGGACGACUGCGGCGGCGCCUUUACCAUGGGGACCGUGGGCGGUGGGGCCUUUCAGGCGGUCAGAGGCUUCCGCAAUUCUCCCGUGGGAGUAAACCACAGACUACGAGGGAGUCUGACAGCCGUUAGAACCAGGGCUCCGCAGUUGGGAGGUAGCUUUGCAGUUUGGGGAGGCCUGUUUUCCCUGAUUGACUGCAGUAUGGUUCAGGUCAGAGGGAAAGAAGACCCCUGGAACUCCAUCACGAGCGGUGCCUUAACGGGAGCCGUCCUGGCAGCAAGAAGCGGGCCAGUGGCCAUGGUUGGGUCGGCCGCGAUGGGGGGCGUUCUGCUAGCGCUCAUCGAAGGAGCUGGAAUCCUGUUGACGAGAUUUGCCUCUGCCCAGUUUCCCAGCGGUCCUCCGUUUGCUGAAGACCCCUCCCAGUUGCCUUCAGCGCAGCUACCAUCCUCACCUUUCGGGGACUAUCGACAGUACCAGUAGGACCUGUCUCCCAGGACUUCUUUAAGAGAACGAGCUGCGGUUCAAGGGAGGAUCUCGGAAGAUCAAAUUCAGUCUGUUUUUAAAACUGUAGGUGGGACAGCUAUGGCCAAAUAGGCUGUGAAGAGACAUUGAGCACAUUUUUUUAUUUAAAGGAAUGUGGGGGGCGGGGGAGGGUCUUAAAAGAUAAUACAUUUAUUUAUUCACACUUGGAUUGCGUUUGUGAUCAAAAUAAAUGUCUGAAAUCUUUAGAAGGAAAAACAGUAAGUGCUUGGAAAAUGAAGGA